UUAUUUCAUAAAUUAGAUGUCGAAGAUAUAUACUCAUAGAUGUUUAUUUGCGUGAAUUCGUACGUCCUUAGAAAUCCUUUACUGACGCAGGUGGGAAGCCUGUGGAUAAAGCUGAAAAUAUACAUUUUUGUAUUGGUUUAAAAUACAAUGGGCUUUUUAGCUUAGACGCCAGAGGAGGGUAGACACGGCUACGCAGGGCACGAUGGGAAACAUAUCAAUUUUUCACUCAUUUGAUGCCUGACUUGACGAGACAUGAACUUCAGCAGAAACAUCAAAUCUGAGCCUAUGACACUGACCAUGCAGUGUAGGAACUCUAUUGUAUGUUCCAUCGGAGAGAGUAGAUGGAAAGGGUCCGAGCUCGCUCUACCGUGGCUCAUUCCUGAGUAUGUAAUGAAACAAGGAGGUGGUUGGAGAAGGAUACUGCCAAUCCAAAGGGACUACCCAAACGUUUACAGCCCCAAUACCUCGUCUUCGGGAAAUUCAUCUGAUUUGGAGUUUCUGGAGAUCUCCCUCGACAAAUCAGACUACUCAGACUCUGAUACCAUUGCAGAGUCUGAUAUUGAUUUGAUGACUCCGUCAAUCGACAUUUCCUCGCCGCCUCCGCCCCUUAGAAUUGACUCACUCGUUACAACCCAUCGGCCGGCCAACGUUUCAGGCACAGGAAGGGAAUCUGUUAUUAUGGUGCCGAUAAAAUCCAAGAUGUGCGGAGAAGACGACGAUAAGAAGUGGUACUCAUCAAUUCCAACUUCCAGCUCUUCUGAAAUGUGCGGAGAAAACGCCGAUAAGAAGUGGUACUCAUCAAUCUCAACUACCAGCUCUUAUGAAGAUGAGGGAUUACCAGGAGUCCGACAGAGACCAUCCAAGGAAGUUGAUAAGGAAAAAGACGUCGGUAGGCUAUCAACCGAGACGCUGUCUGCAUUGGGAGCUUGUGAUAUCCCAAAGAGCAAGAUAUUUGAAGGAACCCUGGCAUCCAAAACUGCUCAAUUUCAGCUAUCCGAAGAGGAAUGGGAAAAAAUACAGCCUCAAGAAACAAAGCAUGGCUACAGUCAGUUCACGGGACCUUGGACUGACAUUUUUAGUGACCAUCUUAAAGUAUCCAACAACUACUGUUCGCUAAAAUUUACUUACAACAGAAUUAAGUCAAAGAGAUCCCGUAAGCACAGUGCGCCAUUCUUCCGAGGAAAGGCCAGCUGCAGGAGGAAAGAAUGUGGUGUUUCAUUGGAAUUGCAAAUAUCAAUGGAAAACGUAGAGGAAAGAGUGAUUGACGUGCAAUACAGCACUUUCACAGUAAACCACGGACUGUCAAUACCGUGUGCGAGGUUUAUGAAAAAAGAAAAGCGUCAAGAGAAGGCCCAACAGCUAAAAUCCUCCUCCCCCUCCAAACUUUUACUUCAGGGGUUAAUACUGGAGAAAUUAGAGUAAUUUAGAAACACCAAGGAAAAGACGUUAUUAUGAAUUUGACAAAUCAUUUAAUUAAACAAUUCAGUU